GAGCCAGGCCGCUAUGGACCCAGGCACCCCCCGAAGUGAGGAGCUCUUGUGGAGUCGCUGAAGGGGUCUGGAGUGCUUUGGUGAGGUGUUUUCCUGUAUGUUCCAUGAUGUUCCAUGUGAAUCCAGUGAAUGCACCACAUUCCCCCCUUCAAUUUUCUUUAUCCGUAUCGUGUCGUAUACGGCACCAUCUCCCUUCAGCUCCUUGAUCUCGGUCCGUCGGGAGGGCAGAUGGGACCCAAACCACCAGCUGUUUGACACUAACGUCUCAAGACGGACGGUCCAACCCCUUUCGGACUCUGUUUUGGUCCCAAACGGGAAGGCUCCAAACGGAAGGCUCCGAGCUCCGACCGAGCUCCGAGCUCGAGACCGUCGAACCAACGAGACGUACCGAGACGGAGCGAGUGAAGGACCGAGUGAAGGACGCAUCGAUCGGAUGCGAAGGAAGAAAGAUGAAGGACGCCUUCCACUGUGGGAAGAGUACACUUUGGAGGUGCUCCCCCCAUUGGUUGCCUUUCCCUUCUGGUCAGGGGAUGGCCCAAAACCACUGGCCGCACCUUCCCCGACACCGCAGCUGAGCUCUUGAUUGCUUUCGUAGCUUCUUCGUCGCCCGCUGUUCAUUCUGAACCUGGAUCGCCAUGGCUCAUCGUCUGGCAACCAUUCAGCGACAGAUCCUGGCUGGCGACUGCGCCGUGAGUGGCGGUGUGGAGCCACAGGUGGUGGCGUCCAGCGAGGAUGCCGACUUCGAGCGUCGUGUGCAGGAGAUGAAGAGCUGGAUGAGCUCUGAGCGUUUCAAGCACACCACCCGGCCUUACAAGGUGGAGGACGUGGUGAAACUGCAAGGCACCUUCCCCCUGCAAUUCGCCGGCGCCAAGGUGUCCGAGAAGCUCUACAAGAUGCUGAGGGAACACCAGGCCAAGGGCACCUGUUCUCACACCUUUGGCGCGUUGGACACGGUGCAAGUCACUCAGAUGGCCAAGUACUUGACCUCCGUGUACGUGAGCGGCUGGCAGUGCUCCUCCACCGCUUCCACCUCCAACGAGCCUGGCCCUGACGUGGCUGACUACCCCUAUGACACCGUGCCCAACAAGGUGGACCAGCUCUUCCGUGCUCAGCUCUUCCACGAUCGCAAGCAGUACGAGGAGCGCCGCCGCAUGAGCCCUGCCGACCGCGCGGCGGCGCCGGCGGUGGAUUACUUGAACCCCAUCAUCGCCGAUGCUGACACCGGCCAUGGCGGCAUCACUGCUACCAUGAAGUUGGCCAAGAUGUUCAUCGAGAAUGGUGCAGCAGGCAUCCACAUCGAGGACCAGAAGCCAGGCACCAAGAAGUGCGGGCACAUGGGUGGCAAGGUCUUGGUCUCCACCCAGGAGCACAUCCAGCGACUGAUCGCAAUCCGCCUGCAGGCAGACGUGCUGAACAGCCCGCUGGUGCUGGUGGCGCGCACAGACGGGGAGGCUGCCACGAUGAUCGACUCCAACAUCGACCCCAUUGACCAUCCUCACAUCAAGGGUGUCACUGUGAAGGGAGUGGAGCCUCUCUUUGAGGCCAUGCGCAAGGGCACCGACAAGGAUUGGGAGCAACGGGCUGGAUGCAUGACCUUCCCUGAGGCCGUCUCCAAGGCACUCAAGGCGAAAGGAAAGGACAGCAAGCAGUGGGAGAAGGAUGCCAGGAAGAUGUCCAUCGACCAGAUGAGGAAAGCGGCAGCCGACAUGGGUUGCGAGGUCUUCUUCGACUGGGACUCUGCCCGUUCGGUCGAGGGCUACUACCGCAUCAAGGGCUCCACCGAGUUCUGCAUCGAGCGAGCGAUCGCUUUUGCACCCUAUGCGGAUUGCAUCUGGAUGGAGACCGGGAAGCCCAUUCUGGCGCAAGCCACGCAGUUCGCCCAGGAAGUGCGCGCGGCGGUGCCUCAUCAGAUGCUGGCCUACAACCUGAGCCCGUCCUUCAACUGGGACAGUGCUGGCAUGACCGACGCCCAGAUGGAAUCCUUCAUUUGGGACUUGGCGAAGCUGGGCUUCUGCUGGCAGUUCAUCACCUUGGCAGGUUUCCACUGUGAUGCCCUCAGCAUCGACCUCUUCGCCAAGGAGUAUGCCACACGCGGCGCCUACGCCUAUGUGUCGAUGAUUCAGCGGGAGGAGCGCAAGAACAAGGUGGAGACCUUGACCCAUCAGAAGUGGAGCGGCUCGGAGAUCGUGGAUGAGAUGGGCAACGUGGUCAGUGGCGGCCUCUCCUCCACAGGCAUCAUGUCCGCGGGGGUGACCGAGAAGCAGUUCUGAGCGCCCAUUUUCACCUCUUGACUACAUGGCUGGAUGCUCGUCACAAUGGGUGCCAUUCUUGGAACAACCCACAAACAAAUGGCACCUAUGCCUGGCAGAUCCAGGAAAUGUCAGAUUGAGUGGCGUGCGACGUCCAUCGCACUGGCCGCGAUUUUACCCUCGAAUUCUCGGGCCCAUUGCUCUUGAUGUGGAGCAGCAUGCCGU